CAAUAAUUUUACUGGACAUUGGUGCCGGUCGCCCUCAGGGCCCUGGCGAUGAUGGCAGGGAGACCGAGAGCCGAGAGCUUUCACAGAUUGGAACAAGCGCCAACGACAACAAUCUAAGGAAAGCACUCUCACGUUGUAAUCGGACCGGUGAAGUCGGAGCAAGGCUCCGUCUCCGUCGCUCCAGGACUGAAGAGAGACGCAGGGAGGGAGGGACCUCUGUGCUCGGUGUCCUUGCUCUGGCGCUCUUGUUGCAAUCUCUCCAAUCCCUUGCUCACGGUGGCUGUGUGCUGUGGCGGUUGUUGUGGUAUCAUGUUAGAAGGCGUGGAGUGGAGAAACCCUACCUCGAGAGAAUGGCGAUGGUGAUGGUCACUUUGCUUGUGCUCAGGAGCGGAGAUUCGCGAUUCGGUGGUUGAUGCUGGUGCGGGAGUCGGAUUGUCAUGCUGUCACUCCUUUCAGGGACAGGUGGAGAUUGUGGUAAAGAAAGAUAUGGCGUACUCAACAGUAGCCUACCCGGGGAGAGAUCAUGGUGGAGCAAAUGGUUUUCGGCUCCCUGAUGGAUACAUAAAUUCUGGCAAUGGGGAGCUUCGUAAGAAGCUUGGAUCAAUGGAUGAUACUCUGAAUGUUGAUAGUCCUAAUCAGGUUAAGGAACUUGUGGACAUUAUAGAGGCGGCAGAGGACACAAUUCGCACUCAGGUGGAAGAAACUGAAAAGUUGAGAAAUGCUUUGAGAGUGGCUGAGAUGGAGCUUCAGUCCGCCAAAAUUGAGGAACAAAACCAAGGCUUAAAUGAGGGCUAUCGUUCCUCGCAACCCUUUCAUGGACGCAAUCGAAGCUUUCAAGGACAGCCAGGGUCGGUGAGACUCGCAUUUCAGCAUCCCAUGCACCAGAACGGUGAUAAUUAUGGGGAAUUGAGAAAUGGUCAAACGCUUAAAAAAUCUAAUGGGCCAUCUGCUGCAGAUCAUGAACGCUCAGUCUCCCCUCUUCCACGUAGGAGAGGAUCUGAGAUGGACCUUCCACGAGAUGCAUACCAGGGACAAGUUUUCUCAGCUGAGUUACAAGAGCCUAAAGUUCACAGUGACCAUCAACGUUCACAGGAUUUGAUGAUUCAACCAUCCAGGAAUUCAGAGGAAUCGAAUCCAAAUAUCUUAAAAACCCGGCUCAUGGAAGCGUCAUUGAAGGAAACUCAACUUGUUAGCGAGAAAAGGAUACUUGAGCGGCGCGUUGCAGAGCUGCGUCUGGCUUAUGAUCAACAACAGCAGAGCCUGGUGGAUGCAGCAUCGAAGGCCUUAUCGUACAGACAGAAUGUACUUGAAGAAAAUAUUAAGUUGGCUUAUGCCCUUCAGGCGGCAGAGCAGGAGACGACAACUUAUGUUCAAAACUUGAUGCCUCUUUUGGCGGAGUUUGAUUUGCAGCCUCCUGUCACAGAUGCACAUUCUAUCGUCAGCCACAUCAAGACUCUGGUUCAAAAGUUGCGGUCCGAGCUGCAGCUUUACGAGAGUAAAGCGAAAGAUUCUCAGUUUUAUCAACAAUAUCAACCUUCAUACCAAAAAAACCAGUCAUAUAAUCCUCCGCAAUCUCCUCUUCAUCAGAGCAAUGGUUUAGAGAUCGUGCCGUCUUACUCUCAAAGGCCGGCCUCUCCGGUUCAACCGGUGCGAACAAGAAGACCUAGCUGGGAUUCUGGUGUCUCUUCUCCGCGUUAUGGUGGUUCGCGAGAUAAUAAUACCCACGUUGCCGGCUCCAGUGAGCAAGAGCCUCAAGUAGAUGCAGGUGCUAUUGUGCCUCAUGAGUUAGGCAAUGCUACGCCAAAUGAGGGCCUCGAGGAUCUGGAGACCGAUGAUCUUCCUUACAACGGAACAGACACUCGUGGAGAUCCUUCGGUUGGUAGGCCUGAUGUCGUUCGAUCAACAUCUCCGCAGCUGCCCUCCUUACCUGAAGGACCCAAUUCUCCAAUAUUUGAAGAUAGUGAUCCACUUCCAGGCAUUGUUGGCCUACGCAUAGUGGGAGAUACCGUCCUAGGUGGUCGACUCACGGCAUGUGGUCACUCCAUCAACGGCACAUCUCUUUGUAUUUUCCAGUGGGUACGGCAUUAUAGAGAUGGAACUGCUGCCAUGAUUGAAGGGGCAGCACAACCAGAGUACACGAUCACUGCCGACGAUUGUGACAGCAUGGUUGCCAUUGAAUGUGUUCCCAUGGAUGAGCGUGGUCGCAGAGGUGAUUUGGUUACUGUAAUGGCUAACGAUGGUAACUGGAUCAAUAGAGAUUCGAUGAUGGAGGAUCAAAUCAACAGCUACAUGACAAACGGCCAUGCUUCAUUCGAAGUUAAUUUACUGAUUCAGGAAGGAGCAUCUGACGAUGUUUCGGAACCUGCUACGCUAGUUUUGAGACGCUCAAAUUUUGAAUUGCGGCGAAAUAGCAGCCGUAAAAUGACUAUCAAUGAGAAAUAUGCACCUGAUGUUCUCAUCAAGAUACCUUGUGGAGAGAUACUGCAGUGUAUCAUUAGCAGAGAGAGUGGCGGCAGAGACAACUAUCUGGAGCUACGUGAUCCUCGAACGCGAGAUAUGGCAGUGCUUACAUUUCGCGCUUUUCAUAAAGCUGCCAUGGAUGAGAAAAAAAAGACUAGACGCAAAUGGCUUAGACAUUGAGUGUUGACAUUAUUAGCAAACAUUCAACAUUGUAGAGCAUUUUGUAUGUCUGUACUUCAGGGGCAAAUUAUGUAGAGGAGAACUAAAGACGUGUUUAUUCUGUAGAUCUAUGAAUCCGCAUAAAGUAGAUUGCUGAAGAUCUUUAUUUGACUUUGGCUUGCUAAGUCCCAACUCAGCGCUGAAGCUAGGCCCUGCAUUCGUAGUCCAUUUCCUGGCACUAUUUUUCAAAUCCUGACAUGGUUUCCGUGAUGUUCAUUGAUCCACAACUGGUUGAUUGGCUUCUUCAGAUAUACCUGGAAAUGUUCAGUUCCUUCACCUGA